AUGGCCGUUACUUAUCCAUCAACCCCUCUCCUAGCAAGUGGUGCUCUUCCUGAAGAAGCGCUUUAUUUCUUGAACACUGCCAAUGCAGCGUAUCUUCUGACUGAGCCAAACACCGUCGAACGAGCUGCUGCGAUUAAAGACCAUGCUGUUCAAACAGCCAGUCAAAAUAUUCACCUUAUCCCAAUAGCACGGGCAGAGGCAGGUUCAAUUUCUAGUGCACGAGUCGAGAUCGAUGAAGACAUGACACUUGAUCCGAAACUCCCAUGCUUGAUCAUUUUCACCUCCGGUACCACCGGUCGGCCUAAAGGGGUGGUCAUUCCCCGGAAAACAUUCUUUUUCCAAAGACAGACAGAUCCCAGUGAGCUCUUUUUGGCCUAUCGUCCUGUUCACUGGAUAGGAGGUGCAUACAGCCUCCUCGUGCGGGUCUUGACCGGGUCAAGGGUUCAUUUCCUGAAGCGCCGCCCCGAGCCUGCCAACUUUUGGGAGAUUCUCAAGGAAGGUAGGAUUACCGGCACAUCUCUGCCCCCUGCACUUUUCAAAGAACUAGAAGAUUACUACCUGACGAAUAUCCGCUAUCUUCCUUCCCAAGAACACGAUGAAUAUGUCUCCGGGGCAGCGAAACUCCGGUUCGCCAUUAAUAGUGGAUCUGCGCUGAACCCGUCGACGGCCCAUUUCUGGAAAGAACUCACGAAUUUAAAGAUCCGGAAUGUAUACGCAUCUACCAAAUUUGGAAGUGCGGCUUUGAUGGCUUCGAUUGAGGCUGAAUAUGUUGAUAGAUGCAUUGUUAGGCCUCUGCCUGGAGUGGAAAUCAAACUAUCAGAUGGAGACGAAGGGGAAAUGCUCGUGAAAUCCUCUACCAUGUUCACUCAUUAUAUCAACAACGAGGCAGCAACAAGAGAUGCCUUUGACGAAGAAGGGUUCUUGAAAACCGGCGAUCUUGCUCAACACAUUGGAGAUUUGUAUUUCUUCAAAGGCAGAGCAAAUCACGACUGGACUCGAUUUUGGCACUUCAAGAUACCGGUACUUGAGCUGGAAGAGCGCCUCAUCCAGCUUCCGUAUAUAAGUAAAGCGUAUGGGCUGCCUGUCCUAGACCACGAGGCUCAAGGUCUUGCCGCGACGCUUGUUCGUCUUCGCGGACCGCAUGAAACACUCCAAAAUAUCAAUCUUCGCAGAAUUCGAGAGGACCUUGCUUCGAACAUGGAGCUUUACAAGCUUCCUGCACUUCUGUAUAUCCUGAAGGACGGAGAAGAAGUACCCAAGUCAGCAUCCGAGAAAGUCAUGAAGGCUCAAGCACUGGAGAAAUACUUCCACUUGUCCGACUACCGCCCGCGUGAUUAUGCCGUGCAUGGGGUUGAGUUUUGGGGCAAUCAGACUCAAAUUAGCUCAACUAGAAAGGCCCGGGACUGGGAGGGCGAGGACUAA